CUUGGAUGGAUAGAUACGCUAGAGUCAGCAGUCCGCAACUCAACAAUCGAAAAAAGUUCUAAUCUUUUCCAUCCCCUCCAUAUUUGUCCUCUUCCUCUGCAUUUCCAAUGCAUACAAGAACCCAAGGCACUCUUUAUAACCCCCUCACAAUGCUUCCUUGCUUUCACUUUCCUCUUCUUCUUCUUCUUCUACUUCUUCUUCUUUUUUCUUUGUUGGGAUGGAGAGAUUUGAGGUCUUGAAGGAUAUUGGGUCUGGCAACUUUGGUGUUGCCAAGUUGGUCAAGGAUGUUUGGACCAAAGAGCUCUUUGCUGUCAAGUUCAUUGAGAGAGGCCAAAAGAUUGAUGAACAUGUGCAGAGAGAGAUCAUGAAUCAUCGAUCAUUGAAACAUCCAAAUAUUAUCAGAUUUAAAGAGGUCCUGUUAACACCUACACAUCUAGCAAUCGUAAUGGAAUACGCCGCCGGUGGGGAACUUUUUGAGAGGAUAUGCAAUGCAGGGAGAUUCAGCGAAGACGAGGCGAGGUUCUUCUUUCAACAGCUGAUAUCAGGAGUGAGUUACUGUCAUUCAAUGCAAAUAUGUCACCGGGACCUUAAAUUAGAGAACACUCUCUUAGACGGGAGCAUUGCUCCUCGACUCAAAAUAUGUGAUUUCGGUUAUUCCAAGUCCGCUGUGUUGCAUUCUCAACCGAAAUCCACGGUAGGCACACCUGCUUACAUUGCACCUGAGGUUCUAUCGAGAAAGGAGUACGACGGGAAGAUUGCUGAUGUUUGGUCCUGCGGAGUAACAUUAUAUGUAAUGCUCGUCGGAUCGUAUCCGUUUGAAGACCCGGACGAUCCAAGAAAUUUCAGAAAAACAAUUGGGAGAAUACUUAGUGUCCACUACUCAAUUCCCGACUAUGUUCGAGUCUCAAUGGAUUGCAGACAUCUUCUUACCCGUAUUUUCGUUGCAAGUCCUGAAACGCGAAUUACUAUUCCGGAGAUCAAAAACCACCCUUGGUUUUUAAAGAAUCUGCCUGUCGAAUUAACCGAUGGAUAUCAACAUAAUUUGCACAACGACACGAACCCUCUUUUCCAAAGCGUCGAAGACAUAAUGGUGAUACUACAUGAGGCUCGGAAACCUGCUGAGGGUCCAAAGCUUGGCGGAGGUCAUUUUGUCGGCGGCAGCACUGACAUCGAUGACAUGGACGCCGAUUUCGACUUGGAUGAUCUCGAGGCAAGUGAGGACUUUGUGUGUGCACUCUAAAUGUUUGCAAGAUUGUGUGUUGUGAGAUUCUUUUUGAUCAUAGGUUUGUUUAGUGUGUGAGAUGUUUAGCUGCAUCGUGUGCUCGGUUUUUUCGUAUUUUGUUGUUGACUUAGCUUUUCAGAGAAUUUGUUGAGGAACUGAUGCAUUUUAUGUCAUAGUUUAGUGUAAGUUAUUUUGUUGCUUUUGUUUGUAUAGCUACGAUGUUUCUCUGCUGUAUGUUUGAUGUGCAAUUUUCUUGUCUUUGUGUAUAUUGACCCUGUCAAGUCUUUGUGA